UUAGCAUUCCAGUUUUUGUAUCAUCUAGCUUUGUACUUUAUAAGCGAAAUCACGAAAGAAUUGUGCCAACAAAACAUUCUACUCAAGAAUUAAUUAAAGAAUUAGAGUCUACAAAAAAAGCGUCAAAAGAUGCCUAG